UCUCACACACACGGGAUAAACAAGGAACGCCGAAAUAACGCGUUCAUCUGGGUUCUUUUUAAUAUAUUUUCAAUUUUUUUCUCUAUAUAAUUAAAUCACCCAGAAACGUAGUUUCGUUUGUGUUUCAAACUUCAAAUCCCCAGAUUAUUUCUUUCCAUAAAUAAAAGAUUCUUGUUGAUAAUCUCCUUUCUCAGAAGAAUCUCAUACCAUCCUUAACUUUUUAUCUACGUUUCAUUUCCCCCAUGGCGAUCAAGAAGAUGACUAGUUUGAUUCCCAGCUGCUCUUCCCCUGAGGAUCUAAAACGCGUUUUGCAAACGCUAGGCUCGACCUGGGGAGACGUGGUCGAAGAUCUCGAGAGUCUCGAGGUUGUUCCGUUGAAAGGAGCCAUGACCAACGAGGUUUACCAGAUCAACUGGCCUACCUUAAACGGCCAAGACGCUCUCCACCGCAAAGUUCUUGUUCGGAUCUACGGAGACGGCGUUGACCUUUUCUUCAACAGAGACGACGAGAUCAAAACCUUCGAGUGUAUGUCUCAUCACGGUUAUGGACCUAAGCUUCUUGGCCGCUUCUCCGAUGGUCGUCUCGAAGAGUUCAUCCACGCAAGAACUCUUUCUGCAGGUGAUCUCCGUGUAACAGAAACGUCUGAUUUAAUCGCGGCGAAGCUAAGAGAGUUUCACGAGCUUGAUAUGCCUGGUCCGAGGAACGUGCUUCUCUGGGAAAGACUCAGGACUUGGCUUAAGGAAGCUAAGAAGCUGUGUUCACCGACAGAGAUUGACGAGUUUCGUUUGGAAGUUAUGGGAGAUGAAAUCAACAUGUUGGAGGAGAGGCUGACUCGGGAGGAUCAAGAGAUUGGUUUCUGUCAUAAUGAUCUUCAGUAUGGUAACGUCAUGAUCGAUGAGGAAACCAACGCUAUUACCAUCAUAGACUAUGAGUAUUCGAGUUUUAAUCCUAUUGCUUAUGACAUUGCGAACCACUUCUGUGAAAUGGCUGCUAAUUACCAUUCAGACACUCCUCAUGUUCUAGAUUACACUCUAUAUCCAGGAGAAGAAGAACGGAGAAGGUUCAUUAGCACAUACCUUGGCUCUACAGGUAAUGCAACAAGCGAGGGAGAAGUGGAGAGAUUAUUGACUGAUGUAGAGAGAUACACUUUGGCAAAUCAUAUAUUUUGGGGCUUAUGGGGAAUCAUCUCGGGGCAUGUGAACAAGAUUGAGUUUGAUUACAAGGAAUAUGCAAGGCAGAGAUUUGAACAGUACUGGCUUAGAAGACAAUUGCUCCUAGAUUGACCUUGAAAGAUGAAGAAGAUUCACAUAUUGAAGCAAACUUGAAUUUCUAAAAGUUUCAACAAUUAGAUAAAAGUAAAGGAAAAGAUUUAGGUGACUAUUAUGCUGUUGUUACUUUCACCAAUUUGUCUGUUUUCUUCCAUUAUAUAGAGAGGUUUGUAAACUUUCAAAGCAAUGGACAUGGCUUGUGUUACAUAAACAAUAUCUAUAGCAAUAAAUUUGGACA